AUGGCCAAUCCGGAAUUGCCUGCCAAAGCUGCCAAGCGAUGCUUUGUGACCAUCGGCGCAACAGCGUCUUUCAACGGCCUCCUCAAGGCGGUUCUAGAGCCCGGGUUCAUCACCGAGCUCCAACGAGUGGGAUAUACCGAACUCCGGAUCCAAUAUGGCGAUGGUGCAGGAGAAGAAAUCUUCGAAACGAGAACGAAAGAGCUGAGGGAUGCGCUUGCUAAAGACAACUUUGACAUCACUGGGUUCGGAUUCAACAAGACUGGCCUCCGCGAGGAGAUGACCAGGGUGAAAGGACAGUCGAUCGAGACCGAAGGAAUGGUCAUCAGUCAUGCCGGCUCAGGAUCAAUCCUUGAUGGACUUCGAGGCGGGGUGCCUCUGGUCGUCGUCCCAAACACCGACCUACUCCAUAACCAUCAGGUCGAGUUGGCGGAGAUUCUGGCUGAACAGCAAUACGUUGUCUAUGGGAAACUCAGCCAUCUUUCGGCCGCAAUCGAAGAGGUCGAGAUCCUGCGACGCAACAUGAGGGCAUGGCCCCCUGUACGAUCCGGCGAGGAGAAGUACAAGCAUGGCCUUGCCGAUGUCAUGGCCGAGGAGAUGGGCUGGCAGAUUGAUUGA